UGAGGAAAAUUUGGCUUUGGAAGCAGGAGAUGCUCAGUGGCUCUGCCCCAGGAAAGUCUCCUGGAAAGGGCACCUCAGCUUAUGCUCAGUACAGGGAGAACAUUAGCAGGAGGCAAAGUCUGCUCCCCAUGACAUCUGCUGUCCCUUCUUGGACAUUCUAUUGUCUCCCAGAGAGUUCUGGCAUCCUCUGUGAUGUCACCAGUGUUGUAGUGACAACCAGUGCCCUAGUUUCUCUCAGUCUGAGUCUGGCAGUUACAAGCUAAGACAUGUUUUCCCGUCUUCACAACCGUUUUGGGAGGGGGAACGUCGAUUCUGGAGAGACGAGAGUGAAGGAGUCUGGCCUUUCGUCUCAAAGUAAUGAUGGACAGAGACAGCACUUCUGGGGAAUGUGGAACGCUGGGAGAGAAACAUCAUCCCCUGGCACUGACCUAAGCAAGAAUCAGGCCAUGAAGGAAAAGGAGAGGCUGCUUAAAGAGCUGCGGCUCAUUACCGAGGAGAAAAAUGACCUGAGAGAUCGCCUGAGGUUUCUGACAGAGAGAUCCAUGAAGAACAGGCCACACUUCAGGCCAAAUCCAUAUUAUGAAGACCUGGAGAGAAUGGAGGAGGCAGUCAUGUCAAUUCUGCACAACUUAGAGAUGGAGAACACUGAGGUCCAUGAGAACAACCAUAAGCUGAAGAAGGAGAUUACCUUCUCUAGGUAAGUCCUGGUCAGAUAGGCUAUCACUUGUGGAAUGGCCAUUUCUGACUUUCUUUGUUCUGGAUUGGACGGUCUUCAGCUCUGGUUCUAUCUCUUGUGCUAUUUACCCAUCAGUGUUCCAGGGUCAUUAGGACUCAGUUUUCAGUUCCAUAAAAGACUGUUCCUCAUCCCAGGAUUGUCUAGGCAUCUUCAG